AUGAAGUUCAAGAAACCAAUUACAGUUUCAUUUUGGUGCAGGGGAGAUAAGGCAAGUGAUGCACUUCCCUAUUCCCAGCAAGGGAAUUCGGUGGGAUUUCCAAGCCGUUAUGAUACCAGUCAAAACGGAUGGCAAGUUCUCCUGGCUUAUGAUGCUUGCAUCCGUCUAUGCCUAAAUGCUUGGGCAAGAGGAUGUGUUGAGGCACCUGAGUUUUUACGCGAUGAAUGCCAGAUGCUUCGAAGUGCUUUCUGCUUGCAGAAACUGUUGUUGCAACCUCGAUGCAUGCAGACAACAGAAAGGAUUCAUAAGACCAAUGGACAAACAUUACCCUUAAAAGUGAGAAAGUUAGUCGGUAAGGUUCGUGUGGAAGUAAGAAAGUUAAGAAUUGUACCAAAGAGGAAGCUUAAGAGCACCAACUCAAUGCGAGGUGCAAUUAGCAUGCAUGCAGGAGCAGAUUAUGUCCGACAUGUUUCAUCACUGGUGAAAAAUGGAAUCAGCUCUCUUAAAAUUCAUUCAUCUCUGUUGACAUGUGAAGGUUAG